UAACUAUAAGUAUAUAGACAUACGAAGUACAAACAAUAUAUUAAUGUACAUUUACUAAUUUUUAAAAUUAUUAUCUAAUUAAUUUUAUACUAAAUUUGAUGCACCAAAUAAACGCCAACUUGAAUACAAAAUCUUAUGCUAAAUUUUUAAUAACUAUAUGGAUUAUUUUAGUCAUUGUUAAUAAUAAUUUGGUGGAUCUGUCAAAAAAGAGAGGUUAUGAACACAACAGCUGUUGACAUUGAGAUUAUGUCGAAUCUGACGAGUUGGUUAGCCACGCUAGCUAUCCAGUCGGCUGGAAUAACUAACCGAUUGUCUUUUUAAUAUAUCGGGCUUGAUUAUUAAAUCAACUAUCCUUUUUUAACUAUCCAAACGCCUCGUGACUGCAGCUAAAAAUUUUUUUCCGUGUAUUUUAUUUAAUUAUUGUGAUAAUAAUGAUAAAGAAAAAUUAUAAUUUUUUCGUUAUUUAGCUUUUUAAAUAUUCUAUCUAUCAAUCGAAAAAAUUAUUGACAAGUCGUUGAGAAUAAAUUAAACUAAUCUUAUCACCACAAUGAAUAUUCUUCUAAAAAUCAGUCAUAAAUUUAAAAAAAAAAAGAGUAUAUAAGUACUAGAACUUAUUACUCUCAAUUAGUAUCAACAGGUUUGUUAAUUAACAAAAAAUUAAAAAUUGAAACUAUCAAAAAAUCAUCAUGCUUCAAAUUAUUUUUAUAUCGACAUUGAUUGUCAGUGCUUUUGCACAGUUAACAAUUUUAGAAAUGCCAAAUUAUACACCAAUGGCCAACUUUGAUCUUUCCAAGUUUGUUGGAAGAUGGUACGAGUUUGCAAGAAUUUCAAAUAUGUAUGAACCGUUUCAUUCAUGUUCAGUAGUUGAUUAUAGAUUGCUAAGCAAUGGGACAUGGGACAUACAGAUAAAUUCUCUAAGUCAUCUUACUGGUGAUGUGGUACACUGGAGUGGACAAGGAGAUCCAAUUAAUCAACAAAGCUCACAACUCAAUAUUCGUUUUCCUCAAUUUGCAAUGCAAAUGAAAACAACAUGGUCUCUUCUUGACACUGAUUAUGAAAAUUUCAGUGUGGUAUUGGUGAUUCAAAAUAACAACGACGCUUCAUAUUUGGAGUAUGUGUGGAUCAUGUCAAAAAAACCGACACUUGAUGAAAAAUAUUUCACUCGUGCAAUUGAUGUUUUGAAUGCAAAUUAUAUUGUUACCGAUCAAUUGGAAUAUAUUAAGCAGGACAAUUGUCCCGGAAGAUUUUAAAUGAUAAAUAUAAAAAAAGGAGGAUUAAUUCAACUAAAGGACUGGCUCUAAAUAUUUCUUGAAAAAUAAUUUAAUAUUAUAUUGUUGAAAAUUUGGGAUAACUUUCUUGUUAAAUGGUAUAAUUUUUCUUAGCAAUAAACUUCAAUAAAAAAAUAUAUUACGAUUAUUUUGAUUAUUUA